GCGGCGCAGUCUAGAGACCUUACGGUGAAUCACUACAGAUGACGGGAGGAGCCAUGCAUCCUUAUCAACCAGGAUUCAAAGCAGCUCGGCCCUUUUAACAAUACUUCAGAUAUUAUUGUGUUUCAAUAAACACAAUAUCACUCGUUCAGAAUGACACUAAGAAGUAUUUCUGUACCCUGAUGAGCUGCACGGAGGUGUGGUGGUCAGAGAUGGAGCACAUCAAAAUGCCAAAGGUUGAAAAUGUCCGGUUAGUGGACAGAAGUUCUUCUCGAAGAACUCAAGUGGGCACGCUCUACCUGACAGCCACACACACUAUCUUUGUCGGUAAAGGAUCUGAGGACAGAAGUGAGCUGUGGGUUCUGCACAGUUUGGUGUGUAACGUUCUAAAGCAUAAGGCAUCUCAGAGUGGAUACCCUUUAUUAAUCCACUGCAAGAACUUUCAGGUCAUACAGUUCAUAAUUCCUCAAGAGAGUGACUGCCACAAUGUUUACAUUUCACUCUCACGCCUCUCCAGGCCAGAGAAAUACGAGGAGUUGUAUUGUUUUUCCUUCAAUCCAAAUGUUGACAAAGCUGAACGGGGGCACUCAUGGGACUUUUUAGAUCUGAAAGCUGAGUAUAGUCGAAUGGGACUUCCAGAUAAGCUAUGGCAUGUCACCGCAAUCAACCGAGAGUACAGAGUGUGUGAUACUUACCCAGCUGACUUGUUCGUGCCGAAAUCCGUCACCCUUCCUGUUAUCAUAGGGAGCUCGAAGUUUCGUAGCAGAGGUCGAUUUCCCACGUUGUCAUACUACUGCAAGGAAAAUCAUGCCACGAUAUGUCGCAGCAGUCAGCCUCUCUCUGGCUUUAGUGCUCGCUGCCUGGAGGACGAGCAAAUGCUGCAGGCCAUCAUGAAGUCGAAUCCCGGAAGCAGAUUCAUGUAUGUUGUAGACACCAGACCCAAGCUAAAUGCAAUGGCAAACCGAGCUGCAGGCAAAGGCUAUGAAAAUGAGGACAACUACUGCAACAUUAAGUUCCAGUUCAUCGGCAUUGAAAACAUCCAUGUGAUGAGGAACAGUCAGCAGAAACUCAUAGAGGUUUCGACACUGCGUUCUCCCUCCAUGGGAGAAUUUCUAACGGGGCUUGAAAACUCAGACUGGUUGAGACACAUCAAAUCGAUCAUGGAGGCUGCCGUCUUCAUAUCUAAGGCCGUGGCAGAGGAAGGGGUCAGUGUCUUGGUUCACUGUUCUGACGGCUGGGAUAGGACGGCUCAGGUGUGCUCUGUGGCCAGUGUGCUUCUGGACCCUUACUACAGGACCCUCAAGGGACUGAUGGUGCUGAUUGAGAAAGACUGGAUUUCUUUUGGACAUAAGUUUUCACACAGAUGUGGUCAUCUCGAUGGAGAAGCAAAGGAAGUGUCACCUGUCAUAGACCAGUUCCUGGAAUGCGUAUGGCAGCUUAUGAAACAGUUUCCCUGUUAUUUUGAGUACAAUGAGAAGUUUCUAAUAAGCAUCCACGACCACGUCUACUCCUGUCACUACGGAAACUUCAUUUGUAACAGCCAGAAGGAGAGGAAAGAUCUGUGCAUCAAAGAGAAAACUCAUUCCAUAUGGCCUCAUUUAUGGGAGAACAAGCUGGAUUUCACGAACCCUCUGUUCAAACCUGAUCAGAGCCAGAAUCAGGGACUUCUACGGCCCAGAACUGCCCCCUACUGUUUUAAAUACUGGAGGAGAUUGUAUAAUCGUUUUGAUCGUGAGUUGCACCCACGUCAGUCUGAGCUAGAUUGUCUGAUGACUGUAAAAGAGGAAACACAACAACUUGAGGAAGAACUGGCUCUCUAUGAGCAGAAACUGGCUGUUCUUGAUAAGGAGCGUGCAAAAGCACUUUACAUGCAAAAGGGUGUGUUGGAGAGCAAGCAGACCCUUUGGUCGUUACCUUUAGAUACAAGCCUGGCCAAUACUCCUCAGGAUUACAUCGGUGGCUUUAUAGGUGGUGCUCCCAAUGUUUUCACCCUACAACAAGGAGAGAGAGAAAACGCAGAGCUUUGCCUGUUUGGAGACAAACCAAAAAGCUCUGAUGCUGACAAUAGUGACCAGGAGUCAGGAGUGGCAGAUUUCAGCUCCCAUUCUUCAGGUGAAGAGUCCUUGCCAAGUGAGGACAGCGUGAAGGAUCCUGACUCCGAUGAGACUGGCCCCAACAGAGAGUGAACACGUGUUUGCAAGAAGAAAAAGCUAUUACUGUACCCGAUCAUCUGUAUGUGAUCUACUUGGUGUACUGUAUGUGAUGAAGAUAGGAGUGUGGUAUUUCAAAUUAUGCAAAGACGAUGUGGACGUGUCUCGUGUGUCUGGCAUUACAGAAGCAUGUCUUUCUGUCUGAACGUGUAAUACAGGUGUACUAUAUAAAGAGUGAUAUUUUAAUCUAGUAUAUAUUUAUCAUUUCUCAUUAGCAUGAUUUCUCUCCAUCAUUAAAUACUUCUGUGCAACAAAUGAUCUGAUCCUAAUUUUUUGCACUUUAUGCACUUAAAUAACAUUAUGUUUAUUGUGAAAUGAAUGUGAUAUUUAAGUUAUUUAUUUCUUAGUGGAUUCGGACAGUCCUUGGAUAGUUUACGUAGUGUAAAAUAUCUAAAACCACAAUUUUUGAGGAUAUUGUACAAGUUGUGCACUUUAAAUUAAAUCUGGCACAAUGAGCUUUGUUGUUUGUUAAACAAUUCAAAGAAAUGCAAAGAACCAAAAGAAACCAGACCAAAUAAACACUGAAUGAAGCAAAAAAUAUAUAUGAAUACUAAUAAAAUACUAAUGUAUGAAUUAAUGUUCUCUUAAAUUAUUCUGAAGGUUUAAUGGAGACAGUUGUCAGAUUUAGAUCAGUUCAGAUCCAUAUCCAAUUCGUCACCUAUUACCAUGACAUAUCCUCACCCUUUGUCACGAGAUGUGUAAUGCUGAUACAGUGUGUGUAUGUA